AAGACUAAUGGCUGAAGUCAUUGGGCCUAAAAUGACAAUUCAAUCAAAUUCAGCAUUGUUUCAAAAAGCUCUGAACUCGUGGAUGCUGCUCGGAUUUUUACUCUUAGGAUAUCUCUUAGACGAGACAGAGACUUGCUUAUCUUUGAGGGGUGCUCAGUUCUUUUCUCCCACCUGUAUGUUUGAAGGUGAAGGUUACGAGGAAGGUGACGUCAUGCAGAAGUUCGCCAAGGUCAACGGGCAACAGAUUUGCCUGAUGUACACCUGCUUUAGGGGCGCUGCAUUGUCUGUUCAAGGCCCAGAGUGUAAGGACUACAAAGGUGUGUGCCAGGAAGAAAAGACACUGUACAAGCACUACAAGGGGAGCCAACGACUUGAGUGUUUCUGUUUGGUAGAGCUCAAUACAGAGACCAAUAGUUUUGUCAAUAACAUUGUUUGCUACCCGUAUAAUUACUAGCUUGUGGGGUGCUGAAAAAUUGUGGGUGCUUUGUAAGCACUAGAUG